CGCUGUCGAUACAGGAUGUAGUCCACUUGGUGCUACAAAUGCUUCGAAGCAUUUUUUGAUUGGUCAAUUCAUAGAAUUCUUUAUUUUGAUUGGUUAAUCAAACUCUUCGAAGUUUUUGUAGCGCUAAAUAGGCCGUACCAGAGAAUAUAUAUGCAUGUCUGUUUCACGUAUGUUUCUAUGGUCAUUUUAUCCGCACCGCACUGAUAACGUGUGUCGCGAUGGCUGCUCCGGUGAAAAAGCGUGAGAUCCAGCAGAAAUUGCGCGACGAUGACGAUGACGAGAACCGCAUUUCAUCCAGCAGCGAGGAUGAAGAAUACGAAGUUACAGACGAGCAGGGAAUGGAACUUCAAGUAGAUUUUGAAGGUCGUAAUCCACAAGAUCCAGAUUAUCAUGGAAUCAAAACAUUGUUGCAACAAUUAUUUCUUAAAGCACACAUUGACUUGGGUGGGCUCACAGAUUUAAUUAUAUCUCAGAAUUAUGUCGGAUCUGUUGUGAAACAAUCUGAAGAAGUAGAUGAAUCUGAUGACGAUGAUAAUGACAUCAAUGAUGUCUUUGGUAUUACAACCGUUAUUAAUAUCUCUGAUAAGCAGAACGUUUUAUGUAUACAACAACUGAGAGAUUUAUUAAAACAAUUAGCAGAUGAACAUGCAACAGAUGCGACUAAUACCAUGAUAAAAAAUGUAUUGGAGAAUGACGCGGCGCAAUUGGGUUUACUUAUUAAUGAGAGAUUUGUCAACAUUCCCGCCAAGAUUUCAGUGCCACUUCUUGAAAGUCUUAUUUCUGAAGUGAAACGUGCCAGUAGUAGAAAUAUGCCUUUUAACUUUUCUUAUUACAUACUUAUAUGUAAAUUGUAUAAAUAUGAAGAUAGGAAUAUUGGAAAAAAGACGAAAAACAGAAAGAAAAAACGAAACGCAGCUGGCGAACCAUCGAUACUGUGGAGCAAUCCAGAAGAAGAAAUCUUUGCAGAAGAGGCAACUGUUUAUUUCGAAUUUUCCGUUGAAGAAGAAGCAGACAGUGGUUUAUCUGGAACAUGGACCGAAACGGACGAUGAAAUGAUCCCAUAUAGAAGAGUUCUGCUUUUCGACGCAUGUAAAUUGCAAUCUAUAUUCGAUAAAAUACGAAAUCAAUUUUCUUAAUGCCAUGGGCAGUGCUAAUAUUUUCGUAAACGAGCCAUUGAAUUCGAUGGAACUUUAUAUUUAUAAUAUAAAAAAAAGUGUUUCUGAAAGAUAAUUUUCUUGAUAUCUGCAUAUAACAGUGUAUUUUCAAUUGUAAUAGUAUGGUACACUAAGCUUUUUAUAAUAUAUCUUUUACAUAAUGCGC